GUUCGUGAACUUCGAAAUAAAAGCCGUAACUGUUGCCCGUCCCCACGAAGCUCCAGAGAGCUGCGUCGUUUCCCUGCGUGGGGAGGAAGGGGAUCUCCUGAGGCUGCGCUCGCCGGGAGGACGGCGCCCCUCCAGCAUCCUGGGUGGCUGUGGGGUCAGCAGGAGGUAACCGUAGUUUUCCUGGGGUCUGUGACCAAUGAGGAUAAUAGCGUGGAUAGAUUUAAGAUCAAGCCACGUGCCCGUCGCAGCCAGUGUGGCAUCUUUCGUGAAUGCUGUAGAUGUUUACAGAAAUGAUACAGAAGACGAUAGUGAAAAUCUCCCUUUCUUGAGAAUUGAGCCUUUUUUUGUAUAGUUCCAACCUGAAUGAGGAACUUGCCAUCAAAGGAUAAUCUUUUCUUCCUGGAUUGUGGCAGAUUGUUAACUGUUUGUGUUCAAUGGGACGACGAAUUCACUUUGUGGUUGACCCUCAGGGUUGGUGCUGCUUGGGUCUGAUUAUCUUUGUCUGGUUAUACAAUACAAUCUUCAUUCCGAAAGUCAUCCUUUUUCCUCACUAUGAAGAGGGGCAUAUUUCAGUUGUGGCAAUUUUAUGUUAUUACUUCUGCUCAUUGUUUUGUAUAGCUUCACUAUUAAGAGCCUCAGUAGCUGAUCCAGGAAAGCUACCUGAAAACCCAAAGAUACCAAUUACAGAACGAGAAUAUUGGGAAGUAUGUAACAAAUGCAAUAUGAUGAGACCAAAGCGUUCACACCAUUGCAGUCGUUGUGGACAUUGCGUGAGGAGGAUGGAUCACCACUGUCCAUGGAUUAAUAAUUGUGUUGGUGAAGACAAUCAUUGGCUGUUUUUGCAGCUGUGUUUCUACUCUCAGAUCCUUAGUUCCUAUACGCUGGUACUUGAUUUCUGCCAUUACUACUACUUUUUGCCUCUGAAAAGAGAAAAUGGGGAUGUUUUUAUAUUUAGACAUGAACUUGCACUCCUAAGAAUAUCUGCCAUCAUGGGUCUAAUAAUAUUAGGUGGAAUAAGUGGACUGUUUUACACACAGCUAAUGGGUAUUUUCACUGACACUACAAGUAUAGAAAAAAUGUCAAACUGUUGUGAAGACAUAUCGAGGCCCCGAAAGCCAUGGCAGCAGACCUUCUCAGAAGUUUUUGGCACUCAUUGGAAGAUCCUGUGGUUUAUUCCUUUCAGGCGGAGGCAACCACUGCGAGUUCCCUACCACUUUGCCAAUCAUGUCUGAACAGAUGGAUGGUGGGCACAGAUGGGUUCUCCAUGCUGGAAGUGCGUUACACGUUUUAUGAUAAUAGGACUAUGACAGUCUUCAAGUCAGUUAAAAUCCACCCACCAAUCGCAGGCAUCACAAUGUGCCUCAGGCUUUAUUUUAAUAGUGGUCUUGAUUCUGUUUUGAGAUUAAUGCAAGUUGUAUGUUUAACUUGAGGCGUAUUUACUUUAUUAGUUUUCUAAAGGGAUUUAUUUUGCCUUUGAGAUUAAUACCAAACCCAAAUGAAUAGAGUGCAAUCUUACUCUUACUUGUUUGAUACUGGCUCUUUUGAUACAUAUUUUGGUUUUUUUGGUAGGAAACACUGAAGUCUGCGUUGAUUCUUGGCUUUCCAACUAAGUGUCUUAUGCUGCCUGGAAUUUUUUUAAGUAUUUUUAUCAGUAGACCUGUCUAGAUCAUGUUUGUGUCUUAUUUCUGCUAUGUGUGUUUAAAGUUUCUUUAUACUGCCAUUUAUUUAUGAUAUCCAGUAGUAGUUCUGAAGCACUGCACUAUUUAAAACUGAGGCAGAAUUCUUCCUGAACCUUUCUCAGAAAGGUUUUCGUAAAUACAUGUAAAUGUAUGUUUUUAUAUAGAGACAUCUCAAAUCUUACAGUUAUCUUAGUAAAAAAUGUUUGUCUUUAUGUCAACAAAAGCUGUAAACUGUUCCAGGGUAAAAUAUGCAGAUAGAAAUCACGAUUUACCUAUAUCCCAAGGAUUUCUUUCCUGUAAAUCAACAAAAAAGUUGUAUGGUGUGAAUAUUAGAAUGAUUACCUUUUAAAAAUACAAAUUUAAUCAGUUAGCAUAAUAGAUCAUAAAGAGAGUAUAUUGUCAGUAAAUUAUAAAUUUUGUAUUUACUUUUGCUUAGUUAUUAUUAGCUGGAAUCGGUCUAAAUGCUUGUAUAUGGGAAAUACAUGUGACAAUAUUUUAAAAUAUUUGUACGCACAUACAGAUAUUUGCUACUAACAUCUAUAGUAAAAUAUAUUACCUGAUUUAAUAGGGUACUAUGUUGAUGUACAAUAGCUUAUUGUGGGCCCUUUUAAGUAUGGAAGUAAUUAACCAAAGAAAGCAUCCUGAAGAUUACAUCAGUAAAAUGUUGAUUCCCAAAGUACUAGCUCAGCUUUGCUGUAUCUGGAAAAAUUAUGUGAUUUAUUAUAGACUUCUGUAUCUGUACAAAUAUUAGCAUGAGAUGUUUGUGAUUUUUGAAAGUUUUGUACAUUUUUGAGACAUUCAGAGCUUUAGUGUUUUCAUUUGUGCCACUGACUGUGUCUGUUGUCUAAUCUAACAGGACUGGGAUCCACCUUAAAUGACAGCCAUGCAACAGAUAAGAAAAGGCACAAAAUCAGGAUGUAAUAUACGUAGGUUAUGUUUGAAAAGAGCAGUAGUUUGUUAACAGUUCAUUCAAAGAGAAGUGCUAGAUUUUUCAUGAGUGGUAUUCACAGAGAAUUUCUAGAUCAGCUGUUUUUAAAUUCUUAACAGUCACUGCCAAUGUGUCCUUGUGGGUGUCCUUGUGUUGAAUUCACAGAUUUUGAUCCAUUGGAAGUUCCAAAAGCUGCCUCUUAAAAAUAAUUUGAAUUUUAAACAUUUUAUGAAACUUCUGAUAUUUGGACCAAUUUCACUUUCCUUCUCCUUCUAGAAAUAGUCGCAAUAUUUCCUUCAUUUAAGUUUCAAGCUUAAUGCUCAACCAAUUUUUCACACCAUUUUUAGACGUGAGUUUAUACUUUCUUUAGGAUGGUGUUGGCAGCAAUAUUUCAACAAAAGGAAGCUUGAGGAAAACGGAUGGAAAAGCCUGAGCAGUGCUUGAAAUUAAAAAGAGUGAGCAUAUGCUUUAUCAAGUAAUGCCCACAUUCUCUCUUUUUUUCCAAGGACCUCCAUUAUUGCAGUCUCUGAACCACAUUGGAGAACAGCAGCAGUUUUGUUUUACGUGCCAGCAUUUAAAUCUGUUUCAUGAGCAAAAUAUGGUAUUUUUUUCAAGUUUUUCAUGCUAUUCAAUUAUCAGAUCAUACAGUUUCAAAGCCUGUUAAAAAAAGGGGAUAAAUUUAUUGGUUUUGAUCGAAUGUACUGUUUUUAAUUGAAUUUAUGUAGCGUUGCCUUCAGUGUGGGUGCACAUGAUGAUUAUUUCCGUUUUCUACUGUCAUCGUUUCCUGUAAUUUGACCGUGCAUGGAGAAUUAAAUCAGAAAUACACGACCUGCCCGCCGGCAGGAACCUCGCUGGUGAAAAAGCGU